AUGCGCAAGGAGUACGCCCCGCACUCCGAUCGCUCGACUGACCAAACACGACGAUUCUAUUGCCGGACGGCCGACGGCCGUAUGCCGCGCGAAACCAUCAUCGAGCUCGGCGGGACGGGGGAGGAGUUCUUCAUCCAGCGGGACCGGCACCAUCGCCGGCACCGCCAUGACCAUGGCGGCUGGUUCAACGAUGGCCCGACCUGGAAGGAGUACUACCGCCUGAAGGACGCCAGGGACACCCUGGCCCGCGAGAGGGACUGCCUCAAGGUGGAGCUGAAGAAGGCUCGCGCGGACCUGUCACACCGCGACGAGGAGAUUUGUCACCUGAAGGCGGAACUGAAGAAGGCGCGUUCGGAUCUGUCACACCGCGACAGCGAGGUCUGCCGCCUCAAGGAGGAGAAAAAUAUUCUCUGCCGCGAGAUCGAGGAGCUCAAGAAGCACCACGGCGGAUGGGACGACCGCUGCCGCGAGUGGAGGAACAAGUGGACGCGCGAGAAGAACGAGAACGAAACGCUGCGCGAGAAGCUCCGCAUCAGGGACGAGCAGCUCUCAAAGUUGGAGGCUUCCGUCGCCUGCCUUAAGGGCGAUUCUGAGCACUGGAAGCGCUAUGCCCUGAGGGUCGAGGACGAGAACAAGCACCUCAGGUGGAAGAUCCGGUACUACGAGACGGCGCCCAUUCGAAGACAUCGUUUCUUCUAG